AUGUCGACCAGCUUGGAAAAGACACAGGGAGCUCCCCAAAUUGUGCAGAUCAAAAGAAGCCCCCAGAACCAACCCUACCCACCUCCAAUCAUCAACAUCAAGGCUGCUGAGGACUGUUUUGUUGUCGAUUGUUAUGGAAGAAAAAUACCAUUCCCAGCUUUGUAUAAGGAGAGGAAAGCGAUCUUGGUUUUUGUCAGGCAUUUUCUGUGCUAUACCUGCAGAGAGUAUGUGGAGGAUUUAGCAAAAAUUCCACAGAAAUAUCUGGAGGAUGCUGGUGUCAGACUAAUCGUUAUUGGGCAAUCCAGCCAUGACCACAUACAGCCUUUCUGUGCACUAACUGGAUAUACUCAUGAAAUUUACAUUGAUCCAACCAGAAAAAUUUAUAAAAGUUUACAAAUGAAACAAGGAGAAACAUUCCAUCAAGCAGUCAGGAGCCCCCACGUUAAAUCAAGUACAUUGACUGGAAUCUUUAAGAGUAUGUGGAAUGCAAUGAAGAGCCCUGCAUUUGACUUUCAGGGUGAUCCAGGGCAGCAAGGUGGAGCUUUGAUCAUAGGACCCGGAGAUAAACUUCACUUUGGACAUCUUGAUUUAAAUAGGUUGGAUCAUGCACCCAUCAACUUAUUGCUGAAGCUGGCAGGAGUUAAAACAGUGGACUUUACCAAUAAGGCAGAGAUCAUUGACAUCUGAAAUAAUAUUAACAGAAAGUGAAAAGUGAACACAAUUCUAUUCAACACGCUUCUCAAACAACUUUAGCUCCCAUAUUUUUAACUGGCAGAAAUUAAGUCUAUCAACAAGAUUUAUCAUAGUCUAAGUGGUCUUCUGUUUUUAGGAGUACAUCAGUUGAAUAUCUUAAUUUAUUAACAUUAUCUGGGUAGAUUUUGGAUAUUUAUGGUCCUGGCAUAAAACGCAAAUCCAGAAUUGAGGCUUAGAAUCAUAGAGUCAUACAUCUGGAAGCAGCCCCUUCAGCCCAAUGGUCCAUGCUGACUAUCAAGUUCCCAUUACA